AUGGCGGUGAAUAACGAAGAAGCGGUGCCGUCCCCAAUAAGUGAGGGGGAGCUGAAAAAGGUGUACUAUGAACAUUUCAUAGACGAUUUGACGGAUGAAGAACUCAUGUACAAAAAAACAGUGGAAGAUUUAUUUUAUAUUUACAAGUCUUUUGGGUUCAUUUACUCCAUUAUUAAAAAGGCAAACCUAUUGCUCAGUAAGGAGAGCUUCGACAUGUUUUUAAAAUCUCUUGUAAGCUUCAUUGACGAGCUUUUCCUGAACAACCCUAGUUUGUUUGACACACAAGGAAAUGAUGUGAAGCCAAAUUAUAUGAACAAAGAAAUAGGAGGGGCGGGUACGAAAAAGAGGAAAGGUGAAUUUGACAAGUCAUAUAUAAUUAAUAACAGUGACAAUAACUCAUUUAUGAGUAUCAUAUCGAAGACUUACAUUGAGGAAUUACUAAAGGACAUUAACAAUAUAGACCCAAACUUCAGUGAAAGCAAUGCACAGGAUUAUUUGUUCAUCACGAAAAAUAUUCUUAAAAUGAAAAAUAUUCUCGAAGUGGAACAUGUAAAAAAUAGAAUGGAUAAAUUGAAAAACAUAUUAAAUGUGGGGAAGAAUAUUUUCCAUGUAGAUGAAUUAUUAGACGAUUCAAAUGUUAGUGAUGGAAAUAAUAAUAUAAAAGUACGUGAUCAUAUAGACGAGAUGAUAGCAAAAUUGAAAACCAUUGGACCGUCUAUCGUUGCUAUUGUUUAUAAACAAAAUUUGUGGUAUAAACAGAUUGUUAAUAAGUCCGAGUAUGACAGCUUAAAUUCGAUUCUGAAUUUAGAUGUAGAUGCAGACAGCAAAUUGGUAGAAUCCACUUAUGCAGAUGUGAUUCUACUCCUUGGAAAUAAAAUGACAGAAAAUAAAGAUCUAUUGAUUGCGAAAGAGAAGCUGGAAAGACUCAAAACCAAUUACGAUGCAGAAAUGCAAAGGAAACUUCAACAAGAAAUGGAACUCUCUAAAAAAUUAGAAGACAAAAGAAAAGCUGUUCAGUUUAUAAUUGACAGAUAUAAUGAGUACACAUGGUUUGAUAAAAAUUCCCCCAAGAAACACUCCUUCUACAUAAUAGGUAUUAACCCCAGGACGACUACGGAGGAACAACUAAAAAGCUUCGGAAAGAGACUGAAACAUAUUUUGCACCCAGACAAGGAACCCGACAAGGAGUGGAAGAAAAAGGCAGAAUCUGCUUUUAAGGAGGCGUCCCUCGCUAUAUUGGGCUGCCAGCAGGAGUUCAAAACGAAGGUCCUCAAGAAUUUGGAGCCCGGCCCACCCGCACCCUACUUGGCGCUCAUCGGAAUUGAGGCGGGAAGCGAUACUAACGCAGUUGGGGGUGGUAGCGGCGGUGGGGGUGGAAGCGGCCUUGGGGGAGGUGCCGAGCAAGGAACCGCACGCCUACCGCAGUAUUACCCCACGCAGGCCUACUAUCCCAAAUUCGACCUCAAGUGCGUCGACCAAAAGAUUGGUACCAUCCUUAUUGACAUCAAGUGCCCUGUGCAACUAGGGGUGGUAAAGAAGGUGAUCCUUUACGUGCACAGACCCAUUUACGGAGCCGAGCCACUCAAUUUAAUCCCAGAGGAUUCGUUCCUUUCACACAAAAUGGAACAAAACGUCAACAUAAAAAAUUUGAACCAAUCGAUUGAAGCCAGAGUUGACUUUGUACAACCGUUAGAAAUCGCCGCCUCUACCAAGUACUACAUCGGCAUUCAGCUAAUAGCGGAGAGAGGAAACACCAUGAUCAAUUGGAACUCCAUCAACAUAACGCUCCAUAAGUUUAGUAACAAAAAUAUUAUUAAAAAGCUGCUGUCGUCAUUUAAGAAUGCCUCCUUUGUUAAUCAGGCCCAACUGAAUGUGAUCCUGUCCAACGAGAACAAGGACGAGAUGACAAAGUAUUUGAAUGAGUGCAUUGCUGCCGCGAAGAUAUGGGCGCAGACGGUGUAG